AUGGCAGCUGAACUAAUGUGGCUGAAAUAUUUUCUUCAAGAGUUGGGAUUUCCGAUCAGUCAACGCAUGCAGAUGUUCUGUGAUAAUCAAGCCGCUAUCUACAUUGCAAGUAAUCCCGUCUUCCAUGAGCGAACUAAACAUAUUGAAGUUGACUGGCACUUUGUCAGAGAUGCUGUUCUGAACAAGUUAAUUGUCACUCCCUUUGUUCCUUCCACUGGUCAGCUUGGCGAUGUCUUUACCAAGCCUUUGUUUGGCCCUACUUUCCGCAAUGGAUGUUUCAAGCUGGGCAUGGGUGAUUUGAAGAUUCACUUGUUCAUGUUGAAAUUUUGGGCCGGAUUUGCCAUGCCUUAUUUUAUGCGUUCAUUGCAGGCCAAAUUCUUGGCAGUGUUGGUGAUUAUACCAUGGACCUUGGAUUUUGUGGUUCAUGACUAUGUUCUAAUGCCAUUUUUAGAUAGGUAUGUGAAGACAGUACCUCUUGCAGCUCAAUUGCUUGAUGUUAGAAGGCCCCAAAAGCUCGAGAUGGUUAAGGCAUUAAAAGAUGAGAGAGCAAGAUUCCGGUUUGAAGUAGAGAUUGGUAAAUCUCCUCCUCUUUCUGAUGAGGAGGUUUGGUUGGAGUUACGGCAUAAAGCGUUAGAGCUGAGAGAUGAAUGGAGGUUAGAGAAUCGGAGAACAUUUGCCAAUAUAUGGUCGGAUAUGGUAUUUGGGAUAUCAUUAUUCAUUCUUUUAUACUUCAAUCAGAGCAAAGUAGCUUUGCUGAAAUUUACAGGAUAUAAGAUAUUAAAUAAUAUGUCAGAUACUGGGAAGGCAUUUCUUAUCAUUCUUGUUACAGACAUUUUCCUGGGGUAUCAUUCUGAAUCUGGUUGGCAGACACUGUUGGAAGUAAUUGUUGAGCACUAUGGGCUUGAGAUUGAUCCAUCAGUGAUAACUAUUUUCGUAUGUCUCGUUCCGGUUAUUAUUGAUGCAUGUGUGAAGCUUUGGUUAUUCAAAUUCCUUCCAAGAUUAUCGCCAAAGGUUGCGAAUAUCUUCCGAGAAAUGAAACGUCAUUAGUGAGGUGUCAUGUUUGGAUUUUGACUCACCAGACAAGGCUCUACCAAAGUAGGUUCAUGUAUCAAGCUAUUUCCCCAAACCUUGGUGUUUUCUUUCUUCUGUUAUACAGGAUUCUCUUGAGUUGUAAG